CUGCUACCCUUCGCUGAAGAUGGUUUUCUUCACAGUAUCGAAUUCAAGCUUCAUACACCAUGGAGAGCGCAAAGCAUAGUGAAUCGACGUUACAGGCGCAAUCUGUCGCCAUAGACGACAAGAGCCUACGAGAAGAUGUACACACCCCACCGGCAGAAGCGCCAGUUCCAAAACCCGAUCAAAAGCCCGACGAGCCUAAGUGGCUCACAGGCCUCCCUCUUCUGAUGGUCAUGACGGCAGUCACACUGGUAGUAUUUUUGAUGUUACUGGACGUGUCGAUUGUGUCUACGGCCAUUCCUCACAUCACGAAUCAAUUUCAUUCCCUCGAUGAUGUCGCCUGGUACGGUAGCGCAUACACCAUCGCAAGCGCAUCGCUACAGCCUCUUACCGGAAAGUUCUACGGCAACUUCGUUCAAAAAUGGACCUUCCUCGGCUUCUUCUUUGUGUUCGAACUCGGCUCUCUAAUCUGCGGUGUCGCUACCUCAUCCAAGAUGCUCAUUGUCGGACGAGCCGUGGCAGGCAUGGGGUCUUCGGGCAUGGUCAACGGCGCGCUUAAUAUCCUGGCCAGUAUAUUGCCCAUGCAUCGAAGGCCAAUGUUCAUGGGAAUUAUGAUGGGAUUUUCUCAACUGGGACUAGUAUGUGGUCCGCUCAUCGGCGGUGCAUUCACCUCGUAUUCGACAUGGCGUUGGUGCUUCUAUAUUAAUCUUCCAAUUGGUGCCCUGGUCGGAAUCCUUCUCAUCUUCACCAACAUCCCAGAACAACAUGCCAAACCGAGAGCUGCGGAAGUCUUCCGAUCGGUGCUUCUCAAGAAGUUCGAUCUCUUUGGUUUUGUGCUGUUCGCGCCCGCCGCUAUCGAGCUCCUUUUGGCUCUGCAAUGGGGCGGAAGCCGAUACCCAUGGAAAAGUUCGACCAUCAUCGGCCUCUUCUGCGGAUCCGCUGCGACCUUCAUCGUCUUCGGUCUUUGGGAACGGCGCAUGGGCAAUGAUGCCAUGAUUCCGGGACAGUUGGUGAAGCAGCGCAUUGUUUGGAGCAGUUGCAUGACCAUGUCAAUGAUGUUCGGAAUGACUAUGGUCAUGGCGUACUACCUGCCUAUUUACUUCCAGUCCGUGCGAGGCGAAUCCGCCCUCAUGAGUGGUGUGGACUUGCUACCCAAUAUUUUAUGCCAGCUGGUCAUGGCAGUGCUUUCCGGUGUUCUUACCGGCAGACUAGGAUACUACCUCCCCUGGGCCAUCUUCGGCUCCAUCAUGACUUCUAUCGGCACUGGCCUCCUCUCAAUGCUUUCCCCCACCACCUCCACAAGAGACUGGGCCGGAUUCCAAGCCAUAGUUGGUCUCGGACGUGGCGCUGCCACUCAAGUACCGAUGGUCGCCAUCCAAAACGCCGUAACUCCCGCCCAAAUAUCCCCCGCAAUGGCCAUCCUCACAUUCAGUCAAACCUUCGGCGGGUCCAUUUUCCUUGCCGUCGCCGAGGUCCUGCUCACCGCCGGCCUGAGGAAGAAAAUCCCCGAGUACGCACCGAACGUCAACCCCGAGACUGUCAUCGCAGCGGGCGCUACUGGAUUCCGUGACGUCGUUCCAGCCAAAGAUCUUCUUUCGGUGCUGGUUGCGUAUUCGAAGGCGAUUGACGAGGUUUUCUAUCUCUGUGCCGCGCUUUGUGUGGUUCAGUUCUGUUUUGUGUGGGGGAUGGGGUGGAAGAAUGUUAAGAAGGGUAAGCCGGAGCAGGAGAAGAAGAAGUCGGGUGAGGAGAGUAAGGAGGUGGUUUAAUGGGGCCUUAUGUUUUCAUGAAUUGGGAUGCAUUGCAUGGUUUUGUGGUGUUGUGUUAAAGAUUAUAGAGCUACGGUUAGCGACUGGUUCGUGUUAAUGAUAAUUAUCUCAUCUCAUGCUC